GACAACCAAAAGCAAGAUUCCAAUUGCCUUUACAGCCCUCUAAAUAUUCCCAAAGCAUUUUCUCUUGUGCAAUGCCAUUCUUUUCUAUCACCCUUUGUCUUUACAUAUGUUAUAAUAUUAAUAGAGCUCCAAAACACUUCCAAGUUUCUUCUUGCACCCUAGCCACAUAGAACUUCCCUCUUCCUUUAGCUAUGGCCACUUCAAAACAACUAGAAGUCCAUAAAGAAGAUCACCCUACUCCGUCAAAAUGGAGUGUCUCUUUGGGAGAAGAGGUUUUUAGAAGAUUUCUAGGGCAAGCUAAUUCAGCUAUUCAAAAGGUGUUCGGCGAUGGCUCGCUGUUUAGUCCGUUGUUGUUCGGAAAGUUCUUUGAUCCCGCUGAUGCUUUUCCACUAUGGGAGUUUGAGUCUGAUCUAUUGUUGUCCAACCUUCGUAUCUCUGGAAAAUCUUCAAUAGAUUGGUCUCAAACUGAUCAAGAGUAUGUUCUACAAGCAGAAUUACUAGUGAAAGGGGACGUUCGCCGGAGUUUACCCCUAUGGACCUUUAAAAAUAAACGCCGAUGCACGGCGCGUGGAGCCUUUGAGGUUAGCAGGCGGUGGCCGAGCACCUACGCCAAUGGUGGCCUGCGGUUCACUCAUAUACCUCGCCUCUUAAUCACCCCCACCUUUUAUUUUGCCCAUUUUUUAUUUAUUCCUUUUUAUUUUUUAGACUUCAAAGUCAACUUUUAUUUUCUAAAUAAAGUUACUUUUAUCUCAAUUCUACAAGCUUCUUUGAAGACAAAAUUUUAAAAUUUAAAAGAUAAAACUAAAAAUUCAAACACCCAUUAAAUUCUUUUGAAAAUUUAAGAACAUGUUGAACUCAAUUUUAAUGUUUCAGGGAGGGUAGUUAUACUUCAAUUUAUAAAUAAAACAUUAAGUGUAUUAAUUAAUAGGCCAUUAUUUUUACAAUAUUAGUUCUUGUGAAUGCCUUCUAAAAUAUGUUGGAAGUUGCCAACAAAAUUUGUGCAUGUACUAAGGAAUCAAGAGGUUAUUGAUUCAGAUUCUCCACCCCUAGUUGCAACGCCUUUUUUUUCUCUUUUUUCUCUUUUUUCUCUUUUUGGUGCAUCAAACCCUUUUUAAGCUUUAAUUAAGCUAGUAUGAUUUGUAUUUUGAAAAAAAAAAA